CGGAGCGGCGAAGGCGAUUGCGAUAUCUCUGCGAUAUCCCCGCGAUAUUCGCGCUCAGGACUAUUGCACUUGGAAUUUGCCUUCUUCUCCUGGGGAUUACAAUUGCACCAUGACCCUGGAGGAGCUGGUGCCCUGCGAUAGCAGCAAGAUGCAGGCGGUGAGCGAGGCGGUGGAGCGGGUGCUGGUGGCGGCGCAGCGGCAGGACCGGCUCACCGUGGGGGUCUACGAGUCGGCCAAGCUCAUGAAUGUGGACCCCGACAGCGUGGUGCUGUGCGUGCUGGCCACCGACGAGGAGGACGAAGGUGACAUCGCCCUGCAGAUCCAUUUCACGCUCAUCCAGGCGUUCUGCUGCGACAACGACAUCCACAUCCUGCGAGUGUCGGGCAUGCAGCGCCUCGCCGCCAUCCUGGGCGAGCCCGAGCCGCAGUCCGAGCCCCGCGACCUGCACUGUCUGCUGGUCACGAACUCGCACACGGACGCCUGGAAGAGUCAAGGGUUGGCGGAGGUGGCGAGUUACUGCGCCGAGAGUCGCGACAGGAACCAGUGGGUGCCUUACGUGUGUCUGCAGGAGCGCUGAGCCCUUCCCGGCCUGGACUUGAAGGGUUAAAAACCUUAAAAAAAAAAAAA